AUGGCCGACAGCACCACGCGCGUCCCUCCCACCUCGGCCGAGGCCGUCGCGUCCUCCGUGGCCGCUCUGCGCGCGUCGUUCCGCAGCGGCGCCACGCGCGACCUCAAGACGCGGCUGGCGCAGCUCAAGCAGCUGCGGCGCAUGCUGGCCGAGAACGUGCGCGAGCUGCAGGACGCUUUGUACCACGACCUGCGCAAGCCGCCGGCCGAGACGCUCAUCUCCGAGCUGGCGCCCGUGCGCGGCGAGAUCUCGCUGCACGAGGAGGAGCUGGAGGACUGGGCGGCGCCCGAGCGCGUGUGGACCAACGUGGCCAACCUCCCGGGUCGCUCGUACGUCCAGCGCGAGCCGCUGGGCGUCGUGUGCAUCAUGUCGACGUGGAACUACCCGGUGCAGCUCUCGCUGUGGCCGCUGGUGGGCGCCAUCAGCGCCGGCAACUGCGUCCUGCUGCGACUGCCCUCGCACGACACGUGCGUGCACACCAGCGAGCUGCUGCUCAAGCUCGUGACCUCGUACAUGGACCCGCGCUUCGUGCGCGUGGUGCACGGCGGCAUCCCGGCGACGCAGGCCGCGCUGGCGCAGAAGUUCGACCUGAUCCUCUGCACGGGCGGCGUCACCAUCGGCAAGAUCGUCGCCGAAGCUGCGGCCAAGACGCUGACCCCGACGAUCCUGGAGCUCGGCGGGAAGUCCCCGACCAUUGUCGACGAGACUUGCGACGUGGCUGUCACGGCGAGACGCAUCACGUGGGCGGCCUUCAUGAACGCGGGACAGACGUGUCUCCGUCCGGACUACGUGCUGGUGAGCGCCAAGGUGGGCGACGAGCUGGUGGCCGCUAUUCAACGAGAGAUCGCCGCGUUCUUCGGAGAGGACGCGCAGAAGAGCGCGUCGUACGGACGACUCAUCUCGCCCAAGGCCUUUGAUCGUGCUGCAGCGUUCUUGGAGAGAGACGCAGAGUACGUCGUGUUUGGCGGCGCUAAAGACCGAGAGGACCAGUUCGUGGCGCCGACGCUGCUGAAUUUCAAGAAGGACGUGGAGGCGUUCACGCGCAGCGCUGUCAUGCAGGAGGAGGUGUUGAGCCCCUUGUUACCGAUAGUGUACUACGACUCGCUGGAUGAAGCCAUUGACUUCGUGAACGAACGCGAGAAGCCCCUGGCGCUGUAUCUGUACUCGUCGGAUUACAAGGUGCGCACGCGCGUCUUGGCCGAGACCAGCUCCGGCAGCGCGUGCGUAAACGACAGCAUCAUGCAGUCGGUGAAUAUGAAUCUGCCGUUCGGUGGCGUGGGGUCCUCUGGCAUGGGCUCGUACCACGGCAAGUACUCGUUCGACGCGUUCUCUCACAAGAAGAGCGUGCUCAUCAAGUACGCGUUGUUCGACGCACCCCAGCGCUACAUGCCGUACACUAACUCGGGGCUGAGGAUCGUGCUGAUGCUGUUGAAGCCUCUGCCGAGCUCGCUCAUCGUGCUUGUCGCCUACGCGUUUAUCUCGCUGGGAUUUGUCGUCAUGGGGCUCUUCUUGCAGAUCUACAGAGGUGGAGCGGUAAUUGAGGAGUAGGAAAGACGACGGGUGUUGUAAGAGUCGUCGAGGUUUUGAACGUGUAAGGCGUGACGUACCGU